AUGGCUGAAAUGCACCCCCGCUAUUAUUCCUUGAAGAGACUGUUACUUUUCCUCAAUGGUUUCAUGGCUGUGUCUGGCGUGAUCCUCAUUGUCCUGGGCAUCUACGUCAAGUUCAGAGGGGCCGUCCUCACAAAAGUCCUCAGGCCGUCGUCCGUGUACCUGUUCCACGUGAGCUACCUGUGUCUGGUGAUGGGCUGCCUCACCACCGUGCUGCUGGGCUUCCCCGUGUGGUACGGCACAACCGAAGAAAGCAGAGAGAUCCUCUUGUUUAGCCUCCUGUGGAUGGUUGUCAUUCUCACUGUGGAAAUCACGGUCGCCACCUUGGUCCUUGCCUUCCUCCCGACUGCUCCGGAAGAAUCUCUGGAAUACAACUUUGUGAGCCUGAAGAAGAAUUACAGGGGUUACAAUGAGCCAGAUGACUUCUCCACGGAAUGGAACUUGGUCAUGGAGAAGCUGAAGUGCUGUGGGGUGAAGAGCUACACAGACUUUUCUGGUUCCUCCUUUGAGAAGAUGACUGGCUACACCUACCCCAGGAGCUGCUGCAAAUCCAUCGGGACUGCGGCCUGUACCGGGCACAACGUGUCCUCCGAUGUCAUCCACCAGGCGGGUUGUUUUCCCAAGCUCCUGAAAAUAGUCACGGUUCAGAACGUCAACCUGAGUCUAGGCUCACUGGGGGCAGCGGUGAUGCAGCUGCCAGGAAUUCUUACCACCUUGUUGCUGUUUGUGAAGCUGGACUGACAGGACACCUGGGCACACCUGGCUGUUGGAG